CACACAGCAAAUGUCAGAGUGUUAAAAUCCCAGAGUUUUGAUGACCAGAGUAUAAUUUAUACACUUUGGAGUAAACUGGGCUUCACCAGAAACUCUCUCAAGUGUUAGUGUAUUGGUUCAGUGUUGAUGUGGAGCUGUUGUAGUGUAAAUAGUGGGAUGAUGAACUCUUUGAGAGUCAAUCUGUUGCUGUCCCGUCCGCACAUGAGUUUAGGUUUCGAUACGUCAUCAGAUCGACUACGCGUUGUCAUUGGUUGAAUCAUGACGCAGCCUCGUGGACACCAGUUUCCAACUGACAUCCGAAGUCGUCGACAUUUUGAUUCUGCGGGACCUAGUAAUAUGUGAGGAAAACUACAGCAAUGCUUUUCAAAGUGCAGUACCAAGGAAAGAAGAAGUACAUCAAACUCGAUGGAGCAUCAUAUCCAGCAUUUCUCAGGGAGGCUAAAGCGAAGUUCAGCAUACCCCCUGAGACAAACAUGUAUGUGCUGGAUGACAGUGGAACAGAGGUUGAUGAAGAGGUCUUCAGCGACAUCUUGGAGGAAAAAGCAGACAUCCUGUGGACCAUUGUUAAUGUUCUUUCAGUUUCUGACUCUCCCAUCCAGUCCUUGUGCACAGACACCUUGUCACUAUCAUCACCCUCAUCGGACAGUGAUGCGUCUCUGAUGUCCCCAAAAAGACAGCGCAUUGAUGACGCCUUUGUGAUGUCCCCAAAAAGUCUACAUACUGAUGACAGUUCUUCACAAGCCAAAGAGGUGAUGUUUUUUCAGAACAUUUCUCUUUAUGUUGUAAACAUUACAUUUACCUGUUACUGUUACCAUAACAUUUUUGGUAAACCUGUUGUCAAGCUUGUCAAAAGAAUUCUGGAACAAAAGCCUGGAGGGGAGAAAAUCCUUGCAAAAUAUGCAAUGACAGGAGAGAUGAAGGACCGAGCACGCCGUGAUCUCGUCAGCAUUGUUGUUGCUGAAAUGUUUGAAAAGUAUGGACGUGCUCCCCCUAUGGAUAAAAGAGCACAGUAUGCAUUGGGGAUAGUAACACUGUUCCCCUCUCUAAAAGAUCCCUACUCCAAAAAGGCUAUGUGAGUACAUAUUUAAAAGUAAGGUUAAAGGAUUACUCCACUUUUAAAUA